AUGCCGCCCAAGACGUCGCGCGGCCGCUCCCGCGCACAGGCGCCCGCGGACAAACGCCCGCGCGUGCAGUCGCCGCCUCGCGCUGCACAGUCCAUAGCAGACGCUGCCCACGUCCUCACGACGGCUGCGGCCGCGUGGAGCGCGUCGAACGACCGCUAUCUGCGCCGCAAGAAGCGCGAGCAGCUGCACGAAAUGAGCGCGUUCCAAGCCAUACGAAGGGCAGCAGGUACGUGUACAGAGACGGAACUGCACGAGGGAGCAGACGAGACGGCUGUCGUCGCGUGGCAGCGGUCGCCGAUGCCGGCGAGCGCAGCAACAGAGCGGCCGACAGCACUGGACCCGGUCGCGCUCGAGGAAGUGGACGACGGCGGUCGUACACGUGACGGCGUGCGGACACAAGAACCGGCAGAAUUGGACGACGCGGCUGCGUCGCUGUCGCCCGACUGGCGCGCGUCGAUGCAGUCGCCCGUUGAGAGCCCAACGAGGCCGACGAUCGAUUGCCACAUGGCGGCAAUGGACCCCGCGCGGGACAAGAGCGCAGCUACUGUCGCCAGGUCGAUACAGAAGACAAAGCAGGUGGCUCGAGGGAUCGCACAGAGCAGUUCGUCGGCGUCGACGCGCAAGCGCAUGAUCUCGUUCUCGCCCGACUGCUCGCCACGGGAAGCAGACGAAGCGCUGGCGCUGAAGAAACUGGCAAAGAACAUUAAGACCAAUGAAAAGCUGCAGCAGCGGCUGGAGGCGCCAACGCCGGUGAAGUCGCCUGCGCUCUUGUGGACCUCGUCUCCUGCACCAGCAGCAGCAUCUCAGACACGACGUUCGAUGAGUUUUACGAGUCCACUGGCUCGACGGCCCAUGACGUUCCAGAGUCCUGUGCGACGGCAGAUGGCGACGUUCACGAGCCCGUUGUCGCAACGACCGGUGUUCCAAAGUCCCUGUGCUGCAGUGUCGUGCUCACCUUCGUUCAGCCGAACGGAAGAGAUUGACUACAAGCCGAUUGAAGACGAUCGAAGGGAAGAGACGGGUAUGCCGUUGGCAGAGACAUUGGCUCCUGGUCCUAGCCUUGUAGCUAAUGCUGUCGUAAAGGAAGAAGCGGUACAGACAGUUGCGGCCGGCAAGCACGGUCGCACUACGGAAGACGAGGAUGCAAUGCUCGUACACUCACAAGAUGAGGCGGGCCUCUCUCAAGAGUCUGCACGAGUCAUUGCCGACGCGCUCACACCUUUGUCGCAAGAAAGCUGUGCAAGCAACGCGUUUCAGAUCGAAGCAGACACGACAUUAGCUGACGCGAGCAUGUCGUCCAGUGCGUUCACAAGCACUUCAGUGAUUGGAGACGUUGGCUUAUUUAAUUGCGAGACGGACGUAGAGUACACAGGUGGAGUGUACGGUGAAGGAACCGACGGGAAGGUCACAGCUGCUGUGAUCAACGGGCAGAAGAUCGCACUGAAGCGCGCCAAGCCGCAUGAUGGGUUUCCUGAGCGCGAAGCGAAACACCGCGCAGCACUCGAGCUGCACUAUUUACGCCGAGUGCGUCAUAUGAAGGGCUUUUUACGAUGUCUUGGUUUGUGUGAUGCCAUCGAGCACACUUGCAUCGCGCUAGAGGUGAUGGACUGCAAGCUGAGCGAUUAUUUACGACGAUAUGGCGUGAACUCGGGCGGGUCGAAGCACCGUCGAUAUACGUUGUCGUUUGAUGACACGAAGGCGAUGCUCAAGCAAAUUUGUUUGCCUAUGAUUACUCUCCAUGAAGAUAUAAACGUCGCUCACGGCGAUUUGGCUUGUCGGAACAUUCUCAUGCGCACGCCUCCAGAAGGAUAUGAGCAGAGUUGGGAGCCCGACAUCAAGCUUUCCGACUUCGGUCGUAUCAAGCUUCCGUCGGACGAGCCCAAGGUACUAGACAGCUCGUUCAGCUUUCACAAGAAUUGCGAUGUUGGUGCGUUUGGGCGAGAGAUCUUGUACCGGCUGUUGGUUGGAGAGAUUGUCCCGAAAGAGUGUGUGGAGACGCGUAGCUUGCACAAGCUGCUGCAAGACGUCAUCGUGAUGCAGGUGCCUGACGCCGCAAAGGCUCGGCUUGGCCCGUACUUGGGGUUGUUCAUGCGCUGCACAGCUUGGGGGGUGCGUCCGACGUUCCGUCAAAUCUAUGAGCAUCUGGACGAUCUGGAGCACUUUGACACGGCCGAGAAUGGCCUGUUUCCGCUCAAACCGACAGGCAGCACGGACGCAACUUUCAUGUCGCCCGUUGCUGAUGGCAUGCGUCACAAAAGCGCGACAUCCGGCACCUCGAGAGCACACAAGCGCGAUACCCCGACGGGCUCUAGCCACCGUCUUUUGGGACCGAAGUCGAGAGUGCCGCCUUCUAGGAGCUACAUCGAAGCAAAUGCUCCAUGUCCAAACAAGCCUGUGAACUGGUUGAAAACACGAUCGGUAGCAGUUCAGCGAACGGUUGCGCAAGCGCUGACGCCAAUCGCUCACCCCGCAUUGAUCAAGCAAAAGAAAAAGACACCACCGUCGGCUGGUGCAGGCGCGUCGCGGCGGUCUCUUCAGAUUCUCAACCAGAUCCAACACAGAACGACCGAAAAGGGCCGCAAGUCGACCUGA